GCCCACUUUCUCCCACGAUUCUCUACAGCUGUGUCUGCGCUCUCGAUUGCAUUGGCUCGGUCAAGCAGGAUUGAUUUUGCUGUUUUUGGCGUGUGCAUAUUUUUUUACAGUUCACCACCGAAAGUUAGCCACGGGGCAAAUAGAACCAGACGACUCUCUGCCCGACAUUGCAUUUCGAUUGAUUCCUAAUCACCGAUCCCGAUAGAAAUAAAAACACACAAACACACACAGCCAUGCCGCAACCACUGGCGCCCAAGGAGGCGGCCCAGUUCCGCCAGGUCAUCCGCAACUACGAAGAGAAGCAGUACAAGCGCGGUAUCAAGACGGCCGAUCUCAUCCUAAAGAAGGUCCCCAAGCAUGGCGAGACCAUGGCCAUGAAGGCCCUGAUCCUCAAUGGUCAGGGAAAGUCGGACGAGGCCUUUGCUCUCGGCAAAGAGGCCCUCACAGCUGACAUGAAGUCACACAUUUGCUGGCACGUGUACGGUAUCCUGUACCGCGCCAACAAGAACUUCGAGGAAGCUGCCAAGGCUUACAAGUUUGCCUUGAAGCUUGAGCCUGGGUCUGCUCAGAUCCAGCGUGAUCUUGCUACUCUCCAGGUCCAGAUGCGAGACUACCCUGGCUACGUGCAGAGCCGCAACGCCAUGCUCCAGGCCCGACCCCAGAUUCGCCAGGGAUGGACGGCGCUCGCCAUUGCGCACCAUCUCAACAAGAACCUGACGGAAGCCGAGAACAUCUUGACCACCUACGAGGGAACUCUUAAGGGUACACCUGCCCGUACCGACAUUGAGCACUCCGAGGCUGUCAUGUACAAGAACAUGAUUAUUGCCGAGCAGGGCGACUACCAGCGAGCCCUCGACCACCUCGAAAAGGACGCCAAGCACAACCUCGACCGUCUUGCCUAUCUGGAAGCCCGUGCCGAAUACCUGUUGAAGCUGGGACGCAAGGAGGAUGCUGCCAAGGCGUACCGUGCGCUGAUUGACCGCAACUCGGAACAUGCCGAGUACUACACCAAGCUCAGCGAGUGCCUCAACAUUAAGGAGACUGAUACCGCCGCCCGCCACGCCAUCUACACCGAGUACGCAAAGAAGCUUCCCCGCUGCGACGCUGCCCGCCGCAUUCCUCUCGAUUUCUUGACUGGUGACGAAUUCAAGACGGCGGCCAAGGCCUAUCUGUCGCUCAUGCUGGACAAGGGUGUGCCGUCCACCUUUGCCAACUUGAAGCAUCUCUACUCGGACUCGUUUAAGAAAGAGACGCUCGCUGCUCUCGCUAAGGAGUACCUCGAAUCGCAGGACGCCGAUGCAACUAGUAAGGAUAAGGGUGAGGCCGCAGCGCUUUUCUAUCUUGCCCAGCACCACAACUACCACCUCAGCCGCAACCUCGACACCGCCAUGGAGUACAUUGAAAAGGCCAUUGCCAAGGACCCCAAGAGCGUCGACUACCACAUGACCAAGGCACGUAUCCUCAAGCACACCGGUGACGUGAGCAAGGCGUCCGAGAUGAUGGACACUGCUCGCAAGCUCGACCUUAAGGACCGCUACAUCAACUCCAAGGCCGCCAAGUAUAUGCUGCGCAACAACGAGAACGAAAAGGCCCUCAAGACUGUUGGUCUGUUUACAAGAGCAGACACCGUCGGCGGCCCGCUCACCGAUCUUCUUGAUAUGCAGUGCAUCUGGUUCCUCACUGAGGACGGCGAGGCCUACAAGCGUACCGGCAACACUGGUCUGGCCCUGAAGCGCUUCCACCAGAUUGCCAAUAUCUUUGAUGUCUGGCAAGAGGACCAGUUCGACUUCCACACCUUUUCGCUCCGCAAGGGCCAUAUCCGCGCAUACAUUGACAUGAUUCGGUGGGAGGACCAUGUCCACGACCACCCAUUCUUCACGCGCGCCGCUCUUGAUGCUGUCGACCUGUAUGUCAGCAUGGCCGACAAGGCUGCCGCCAAGCCCAACGGCGAAGAGACUGCCGAGGAGGCCCUCGAGAAGAAGAAGGCCGCCAAGAAGGCUAAGAAGGAGAUGGAGCGUCUGGAGCGCGAGGCCCUGGAGCAGCAGGCUAAGCAGGACCCCAACAAGGCCCUGAACCAGGAUGGCGAGCCCAAGAAGAAGGAUGAGGACCCGCUUGGCUUGACGCUGGCGGCGACAGAGGACCCUCUCGGCGCUGCCAUGAGAUUCCUUACCCCCUUGUUGACGGCUAGUCCGAAGAGUAUCGAUGCUCAGAUUGCCGGCUACGAUGUCUACGCUCGCAGAAGAAAAUACGUAUUGGCUCUUGGCUGCCUUAAAGCGGCUGCUAAGCUCGAUGCUAGCGACAAGCGCAUCAAGGAGAGAAGCGCGGCCUUUGGCACCAUUCUCAAGUCGGCUACCGAUUUGCCCGAGAAGGUUCUUGAGGUGCUCAAGACUGAGUCUGCCGCUCUGUAAAGCGCGGUUAUGAAAUCAUAGGUACACACAUUGAAGGAGACUACAAGAAUGGAUACGGGGAACGAAUCUAUACCAUUGAGAUGCUUGGAGUAACUACAAAAGGCGAAAAUGACCAGAAAGAACGGUAUAAUUAAGGAUGGAAUACGUAACGAAGGGCGGCAGGGAGUGGCCGGUGCUCCUGUAUAUAAAGAGUUGAUGUAUGAAAAGUGAAAUUUUACCCAACCUGUAUUGUGUGUGUAGCCUUCGGCCGCAAAAUUGUAAAAUUG